AUGCCGUCUCCUGCGCCGCCGUCCGAUCGCGCAGAAGCGGGGUUGCUCGUGAGCUCCUCGUCUCCGGAGACCUCUUCGUCGCCGCUGCCCUCAACGCACCGCAAGACCGUCCUCACGUGGGAAAACGUCAGCUACACCGUUGGCACUGCCGAGGCGUCCAACGAACACACGUUGCUGCGGCACGUCUCUGGCUACGUGCGGAGUGGUGAAAUGCUCGCCGUUCUCGGUCCCUCCGGCGCCGGUAAGACGACGCUGCUUGACAUCCUGGCACAGCGAAAAACAUCCAAGAUGGGCCGGCGCUCUGGCGAGAUCUGCGUGAAUGGCGCGCCCAUCGACCCGAUCCGCUUCCGUCGCGAAAGCGGCUACGUGCAACAGGACGACCUCACCCAUAGCUACGUCACCGUCGAGGAGGCCGUGCGCUUCUCUGCGACGCUGCGCACACCGCCCACUGUCUCGCCGGACGAGCUGGACGAACGCGUCACGCGCGUGCUGAAGCAGCUGGGCAUCUACAACGUGCGUCACCGCUGCAUCGGCAGUGCGUUGGUGCGCGGCGUCAGCGGUGGCGAGCGGAAGCGGUGCGCCGUCGCGGCUGAGAUGGUGACCUCGCCCGCCAUCCUUUUCCUCGACGAGCCUACGACCGGCCUCGACACCUUCACCGCGAUGCACCUCCUUUUGCUGCUGCGCUCCCUCGCCCAGACUGGGGUGGCGGUGAUCUUCUCCAUCCACCAGCCACGCUCACGCAUCUAUGAGGUGUUUGACCGCGUGCUGCUCUUGAACAGCGUGGGCGAAGUGGCCUUCUUCGGGCCCGCCGCGCAGGCUCUUUCCUUCUUUGUCGAGAUCGGACUGCCGUGCACCUACCCAAGCAACCCGGCCGACUACCUCCUCGAUGCCGUGUCGACGCCACCCGCCGACGAGGAGCAGUGGCCGCUGCGUGACAGCGAAGUAGCGGUCGCCGAGCACCACAGCAACAGCGGCGGCACCCAACACCUCAGCCCGCCCGUGGCGCCUGGCGAAAAAGGGCGAUGGGCGAACGUCGUCAGCUCCAGCCCCACGCAAGGCCGCGACAUCGCCGCCGCCUUCGCGUCGCUGCGGCUGCCUGGCGUGCUCCAGCAGAUUCGAGAGCUGCAGUGUGAAUUUCGCGUGGUGGUGCCGCCGCGCAUCUCCUCCGCCACUGUCGAGAACGAAAAGGCCGGAGCAUAUUUCCGCGGUUGGGGGACGCAGGUGCGGUGUAUCGCGCUGCGUUAUCUGCGCAAUCGGCGGCGCGACCCCGUCGCCACUUACGUCUCCAUCUCGUCCGCCAUCAUCUUUGCCUUCCUCACUGGCACCAUCUACUAUCAAGUAGGCACCACACAAGAUAGCAUUCGGAGUCGCAUGGGUGUACUCUUCUUCAUUAUGAUGAUCAGCACCUUCUCGUCCCUCGGCAGCCUCGAGAUGUUUCUCGUCGAUCGCGCCAUCUACGCACGGGAGCACCGCAGCGGCAUGUACAGCACCUCCGCGUACUACGUGGGGAAGGUGAUACAGGAUGUACCCGUCGGCAUCGCCGUCAACGCCGCCUUCGUGGUCAUCGUCUAUUUCCUGGUGGGACUGCAACUCUCGCUUAUAAAGUUUCUCGUUUUCUACGGGGUCUGUUCGCUUGUCAUGCUGAAUGGGUACGCGCUCUGUCUACUCAUGUCGAACGUGUCCACCAACUACGCCACGGCGAACAUCAUUACCUCGCUGCUCCUUGUCUUAUACCUACUCCCCACCGGCGGCAUGCUGGUGAGUCUCAACAGCAUCCCGUUUGUGUGGCGAUGGAUCAAAUACGUUUCCUUCGUCCGCUACGCCUUCUCUACCCUCGUCGCCAGCGAGUUCGAUGGGCUGACGUUGGUGUGCGACACGAAUUCGUCGGCGUUGACACCGUGCAUUACCUCAGGCACCGCCUACACCGAGUCGCAGGGAAUGUAUCCGAGGGAUAUCGUGCCUCACACCCUCUUUGUGGUGUGCAGCAUGUUUGUCUACCUCCUCCUCGGCUAUUUCGCGCUUCGGUGUUGGCGGUCUGCGGAGGGGAAGUGA